AUGUUCCCAGUCAUAGUGGUGAAGAUAUUCCACGUCAUGAAAACCUUAGCCAAGAUCGGUCUAGGAUUAGGCACAUUGGUGUUAGCAGGACUUUACUCAUACCAAUCAUCCUUGAUUUAUCCGUCAUCUUUAAAUAAUGGACGUGAAUCAUGUUCAACACCUGACGAAUAUGGUAUGGACUAUGAGUUGAUAGAAUUGCACACAGAAGAUGGUGAAACCUUACAGUGUUUCUCGUUGAAACAAGACAAGACUUCACCAACGUAUACAAACAAAACUAUCGUGGUAUUGUCGCCCAAUGCCGGGAAUAUAGGCCAUGCUUUGCCUAUAGUAUCGAUUUUCUACAAAAAUUUCGGGUACAAUGUGUUCAUAUACUCCUAUAGAGGUUAUGGGAAGAGUACGGGGAGUCCCAGCGAGAAAGGGAUAAAAAUUGAUUCCCAAACAGUGAUGAAGUAUCUUGAUAAUGAUGAACAAUAUAGAGAAUCUUCAGUUAUUUUGUAUGGAAGGUCACUUGGAGGAGCAGUAGCCAUUUAUAUGGCAGCUACAAUGUCAUCAUCAGUAAGCGCAGUGAUUUUAGAGAACACUUUCUUAUCUAUCAGGAAGACCGUACCUCAUAUCUUUCCAUUUUUGAAGUAUUGUACGAUGUUUGUACAUCAGAUCUGGGAUCUGGAGAGUUUGGUACCUGAGAUACCUGAAAAUAUCCCAUUCUUAUUAUUUAGUGGACGUAAAGAUGAAAUAGUUCCACCAGAACAUAUGGAUAAGAUAAGGGAUAUGUUAGGGGGAGAUAAGACAUUUGUGACAUUUGAACAGGGUACUCAUAAUGAUACCAUUACACAGGAAGGAUAUUGGGAGAAGGUUCAGGAGUUUGUGAGGGAUAAGGUAAAUCCUGUGGGGUAUUGA